AAAAUGUGUAAUGUGAAUACUGUUAUUAUCUACGUAGUUUAAAACCAACGAUAAGAGGACGGUACACUCAUAGAACAAGCUACACCGAAACUCGAAAGCGAAACGUUUUAUACAACGUCUGAUCGAGUGGGCAACAUCGUUAUCGUGAUCGUUACUUAUCGUUAUCGUGAUUCGUGGACGCGAAACGAUUAGUGAUAACUGAUAACUGAAGUUCGAACCAUUGUCCAAUGUCCAUUACUCCCAUGACAAAAUAAGUAAUCUCUAAUGCUUUGAAAUAUAUUUUAAUAGGUAUUUACUUUAACUUAAUUUACCUAAUGAUUACUCUAUGAACCAUUCAAUUUGAUCGCUGCAAUCCGCAAGAUACCAAAGUCCUGGCCACUAAGUACAAAACAACGCUGGAUUCGUACUAACUUCUGGUGCGUCGAAAUUCUUCGACUUCGAUUAACCGUCGCGUUCACCGGACGCAGUGCGUGGACAUGCGACUGUCGUAACCUUUUACGAUUCCACCGUAUACAGUAAAAAUGGGAAAGAAGAGCGUCUGCGUGGUGGUCUUGGGCGACAUAGGACGGAGCCCAAGAAUGCAGUAUCAUGCGCAGUCUUUGAUUCGCCAAGGUUUUGAUGUCGACAUCGUAGGGUACACGGACAGCCCCGUGCUGGACGACCUGAAAGAGAAUGCCACCAUUAUUGGUGUCCCGAAACCGUUUCCGUUCGACGAAUAUGUUCCAAGGAUGAUAGCAUUCCUGUUUAAAGUUGUAUGGCAAACACUGACAUUGUUUUGGGCCAUAUUGGUGAAACGCAAAUCCGAUAUCGUUCUAGUUCAAAAUCCACCUGCGAUUCCUACACUUGCUGUUUGUUGGUUUUACUGUCUGCUCGUCAAUGCAAAAUUUAUAAUCGACUGGCAUAAUUAUGCAUACUCAAUACUUGCCCUGACUUUGGGGUCCAAUGCACCUCUGGUAAAACUCUCCUUAUUUUAUGAACAUGCUUUUGGCAGACUGGCUGAUUUUAAUCUAUGUGUUACCAAAGCAAUGAAAGAUGACCUGCAUAAAAAAUGGAAUAUCGAAGCUACGACCCUGUAUGAUCGCCCGGGACCACAGUUUAAAACAAUCACAUUAUCUGAAAAACAUAAUUUACUAGAAAAAAUGAAUUUAAAUGAUUUCACUAAGCUAUCAGAAUCUGGAGAGGUACAAUUAAAACCCGACCGGCCUAGUCUACUUGUGUCCAGUACUAGCUGGACUCCAGAUGAAGAUUUUUCGAUUCUAUUGAAAGCUCUACAAAAAUACGAUGAAAGUGACAAUAUUUACCCGAAACUCAUUUGUGUUAUCACCGGGCGAGGCCCAUUAAAGUAUCACUAUCAACAUAAGAUUUUAAAAUUGAAGUGGAAAAAAGUUUCAAUCAUUACACCUUGGCUUGAAAAUAAUGACUAUCCACUUCUUUUAGCGUGUGCUGAUCUCGGUGUGUGCUUACAUGCCUCCUCGAGCGGUUUAGACUUGCCCAUGAAAGUGAUUGAUAUGUACGGUGUUGGCUUACCUGUCUGUGCAUAUGAUUUCAAAUGCUUAAAUGAAUUGGUUCGACACAAUGAAAAUGGUCUUGUAUUCUCAAAUGAAAAUCAGCUUGCAUUGCACAUUAUGACAUGGUUUAAAAACUUCCCUUCAGAGAUCUGCGAGAAACAAAGUAGGUUUUGUAAAGAAAUUGAUAAUUUCCGGGCAGUAGAUUGGCAUACAAACUGGAUGAAUAAUGCGUAUCCAAUUUUUUCAAACGACAAUAAUUAGCUCCUUUUAUUUUGGCUAUUUAUGUUUAAAAUCUUAAAUGAAUUGUAAUUCCUUUAUAUAAUAUAAUAAUAUUAAUAUUUAAAUAAUUUAAAUUAUGCAUUCAUAUUUCAUACAAUGAAUUUGUUACAAAAAUGUUAUUCCUACCAAGGCAUAAUUUCUGUAAUUUUAAUUUCCAAAAUUUGUCUGUGAUUUUAGAAU